UUUUUUUUAAAUUAUUUUAUUUAUUUAUUUUAACACUCGACAUGUUUCUUCCGUCAUAAGAAGCAGCUCCUGACACAUGCGGGCAGCAGCGCGCAUUGUGACGAUCCAGGAAAUGGAGGUGUUAACGUUCGGGCUGACAUUUGUUCGACAUGGAGAAACCCAGUACAAUAAAGAAGGCCUGCUACAAGGCCAGGCCAUAGACUGCCCACUGUCUGAGGUUGGACUGCAACAGGCUGAGGCAGCAGGUCGCUACCUGAAAGAUGUCAAGUUCUCCAACCUGUUUGUCAGUGACAUGCUGAGAGCGCGACAGACUGCUGAAACCAUUGUGAAGCACAAUAGUAGUUGUGCUGGUCUACAGCUGAUCUGUGACCCUCUACUUAAGGAGAAGAGCUUUGGGAUAGCCGAGGGGAAGCGAUUACAAGAUGCAAAAGAUAUGGCCAAGGCCGCUGGUCAGUCAUUGGCUGUCUUCACUCCUCCGCAAGGAGAAACUCCAGAGCAGGUCAAGCAGCGCGUCAAAGAUUUUUGGCUCAAAAUGGUCCAACAAGUCGGAUGCGAACACUGGCCGGAGAGAGGCCAAGACGAGCGUUCUUCAGCGGACGAGCUUCCAGUCCACGCCUUGGUGGUCACCCACGGGGCCUACUUGUGUGUGACCAUGCGUUACUUGGUGGACGAUUUAAUGUGCCCUGUGCCCGAGGGCUGUAGCAGAGCAGGCAUGUUCUCUCUGAGUCCUAACGCGGGUGUCAGUCGCUUUGUGCUCACCUUGACCAAAGAGGCCGACCAGACUUUUAAAGUGUUAAGUAUUCGGUGCUUGUUUGUCAACAGAGGAGAUCAUGUGCAAAUAUAGUCGAUGGCUAUGGCGUAAGAACACGGUCAAAGACAUGAAUGACUAUGCAUUUGUAAUUAUAUUAUGCUGUCAUUGCUUGAGUCUGGGUGUCAAGAUGGCAACUGAAAUCUGAACACAAUGCCAAUAUGUACUCGCAUUCAAAAAUUUUGAACAAAAAAAUCUUAUAUUCACAAAAACUACUACUGACCUAUUUUUUUCUCCAACUCAAAUAUUGACAGCAUAAUAUAAAUGCCCUUUUAUGCAUAUAUCUUUUGGACAGCACUCUAUAAAUAGUCACAUGAUAUCUUGACACUAAAUUGAUACAUGGUGUGAAAAUUACAAUUUAGUAAUACCGUUAUGGCUCAUCCCUUUUGACUGGGAGGGUUGGCAGUUAUCUUAACCAUUUAAUGCAGUAUGGACAUUAAUGACAUCAGUGGCACUGAAACAUGAUCAUCCACAGCACUUGACAUGUAUAAGCACCAUAAUUCAUACCGCAAAUGUCAUUGUGAAAUGAGACUCUCUUCCUCUUGAAUAAGUUACAUCCAUCAUCUGCCGCUUAAUGAAUAAAUAUACCUUAAUGUAUGGCUUGGUGUCUGGCACCUGACGUGAAUGGCAGCAUGCGCACUGUCUGAUCCAGAUACUGUAGAUUUAAACUGAUUUAAUUUUUUUUUUUUUUUUAGCCAACAAUUUUUUAAAAUAAACAAUUGCUAAUAAAGAUGGAUUUUCAAUCCGCAAGACAAACAUUACCACAUCUUCGCUCAGGUUUAAAGUUUAACUGACGAAAGGAGGUUAAAGGACAACUACGUGCUGAAUGAAACUUUUUUUUUUUUUUUUUUUUUUUUUUAAUAGAUGUCAAAGGGUUGUCUUGUUUAGUUCUUCUAGCCAAGAACUCUGGAAUGAAAUGGAGAAAAACCUAUAGGCAUAAUAUUUGCAACACAACGCUUAAUUUUUUUGAUAGUUUUAGUAACAUCUGAAAGGUGCCUUCCUACUAAUAAAAAAAAUGAAACAAUAGAAAUACUUUUGUUUCAAAAAUUUAUUUACAAAAAAUUAUCGGUGUGUUAACAGCAAGCACCCAUCAAAGGAUGAUGGGUUGUCUUGGCUUGAUAUAUUGUCACGCGAUGAGCGUGGUUCUGAUGAACUACAACUCUUCUGAUGGUCUAAUCAGCCGCGUCAUCAUUUCUAUCUUUGAAUCUAAAUGAUCAAAAGAGAGAUCUUUGUGGCACUCUUGAAACAUUGAUGAGCGGCAGCAACAUUUCAACUGCCAGAUAUACAGAGCAUCACCAUUUUCUCAUCUCCCUUCCUCUUGUUCUGACUGAAUGCAAAAGAGAUCCAAUGCUGUCAUUCAAUGGCCGUACCUCAUCAUUCUAGUACCCGGUAUACAUUAAAAAAAAUAAUAAUUACCGGUAAAUGAUAAUGUUGGAUCUCCAAAUUUGCAUUGGAGUUCAUUCAUUUGUACCUCACUUUCACUGAAAGAGUUUAAAAAAAACAAAAACAAACAAACAAAAAAAAAAAAACAAUAGGCCUACUAGACUAAAAGAUUUGGAACUUUUAUCCAUGCAACGGAUUAUUCCAUUAUUUACGACAUGAACAAUAGUUUUGACAAGAGU